AGCCCUUGCCUCGCGUCCACGUCUGUCGACUGCUAGCAAAGUUCGGCAAUUAGCUGCUCCCCAUAGGCUACAAGCACUCACUCAACACUUGCAAAAGUCCUCAAAAGCAGACCACAAUGGCAGAGAGUCGCGGGUCGACCAGCGAGACACUCGUCGACGCACAUUUGACGGGUAAGGAUGACGGCUUGAAUCUGCCCAGCUCGCCACACGGUCGUCUUCGAGAUCUGCGCACGGUUGCAGCGGUUGUACAACGACCAGCACAGCAAUCAAAGCUGGGAGCCCCAACAGCCCUGGGCUUCCUCUCUUUUGCUGUCUGUCUCAGCAUCAUGUCCUUUGGCCUCGUCGGACUUGGCGUUUCCAGCUUGACCACUCUCUGGGGCGAUCUAGGCGUCUUUCUCUUCGGGGGAGGCGGUAUGAUGGCCCUCACAGCCGUGCUGGAGAUCCUUCGAGGUGAUUCCAUCGCCUUUGCCUUUUUCGGCGCCUUUGCGACGUACUGGUUCGGCCUCUCUGCCAUCUACCGUGCCGACUUUGGUGUGAUCAUGACAGCGUCAAGACAGACGCUCGCUGGACAACCCGGUGCUGUCCAGCUCAAUCAGGCUCUGGGCCUCUGGCAGAUGACCUACACUCUUUUGUGCGUCAUCUUUGCCGUGGCCACUCUUCGCACCAACAUCGUGUUCUGCAGCAUCUGCACCUUUCUAGUGCCCUUCUUCCUUUGCCUCUCCAUCCUCUUCCUCAGCUCGCUCUCUCAGGCAGCCACUGAGAAUAUGGCGACAGCAGCUGGGUGUUUUGGCUUCAUCAUUUGCAUGCUCAGUUGGUACAUGGUCGCUGCCCUCUUGCUCUCUCAUGGCGGAGCGCCGUUGCGCCUGCCCCUUGGAAACCUCAAGAACUUUUGGACCAAGGACCAAGGCCGCAAGAGAGCCUGCGUAUAGGAAGAGUGACUCGCCAAACGUCGCGAUUGGCUCACAGCGUGGACGUGCAUCUUGGUGCGUCUGCCAAUUCCACAACUUGAUUACUACAAGCUCCGCUGCACCAACAAGGAUGGGCCGUCGCUACGCCGCCAUCUUGCUUCCGAUCGCUCUGCUCUAGCGCGUCCAAGUUCAGAGCGCCUAGCCAAGCUUUAUUGUUGUACUUUGA